AUAUCGAAGUUGGUGCGGGUCUGCCACGACGACGAGCAUUACUAUUCGUACACCGAGAUACCGAUCAACUGCACCAACGACGGCACGUAUUACAAUCUGGUGCAGGCGGCGUACGUGGGCAAGGCCGGCUCGGUUCUCGCGGGGGAUUUGGGGAUCACCGCCCAGGACGACGUGCUGUUCGCCGUUUUUUCGGAGAGCAACAGCACGAGCAGCGACGUACCCAAGAAUCAUUCGGCGUUGUGCGUGUACUCGUUGAAGGCCAUCCGAAGGAAGUUCAUGACCAAUAUACAGAAGUGCUUCAGCGGCGAGGGGCACAGGGGACUCGAGUACAUCUCCCCGAGCCACAAGUGCAUCUUAACGAAACUGCAAACGAUCGGCGAGGAUUUCUGCGGUCUGGACGUGAACACGCCUCUUGGGGGCGAGGACCCGAUGGAGGGGACUCCCGUGCUCACUUUCGAUACGCAUUUGACGGCUGUUGCCGCCACCUCGACCGGGGACUACACGGUCGUCUUCGUGGGCACGAACGAGGGUCAUCUGAAGAAGGUUGUGGUGGAGAGUUCGUCCCUGGCGCUGGAAUACGGAGAUCUGGAGAUCGAUCCAGGUUCCCCCGUGAACCCGGAUUUGCUGUUCGACUCGCAGCUGAUGCACCUGUACGUGAUGACGCAGAAAACCGUGUCCAAGGUGAAAGUGCAGGAGUGCUCGGUGUACAAGACCUGUCUGGACUGUCUGGGUGCCAAGGAUCCGUAUUGCGGGUGGUGCUCGUUGGAGAACAAAUGCAAUCUGCGCAGCGAUUGCCAGGACGCCGCCAAAGAUCCCCUGUAUUGGAUCUCGUACAAGAGCGGCAGAUGCACGACCAUCACGACCGUCACACCUGAUCAAUUGCAGCGCACGACCGCCAGAACCCUAGAGUUAGUCAUCGAGAACCUGCCAACCCUCUCCGGCCAAUUUCUUUGCGCGUUCUCGACCCUGGACAAGACCCUGAUCACGAACGCCUCGAGAAAAUCUUUCGGAGUGAACUGCACCACGCCGAGGACGGAUCUGUUGCCCUCGAUCCCCCAGGGGCAGCAUCACUUCACCGCGAAACUUUCGGUCAGAAUGACGAACGGGCCCGACCUCGUCGACACGAAUUUCACCUUCUUCGAUUGCAACACGUACAGCUCGUGCACAAAGUGCGUGUCAUCGAGUUUCCCCUGCGACUGGUGCGUGGACGGGCACAGGUGCACGCAUGACACAGCUGAGAAUUGCCGGAACGAUAUAUUGGUCACGGGAAUUAGCAGAACUGGCCCAAGCUACAGAAGCGGGCCAGCGUUCUGCCCGACGUUGAACGCGACCGAUUCCCAGGAAAUCUUGGUUUCUUCCGGCGUGAAGAAGGUGAUACGGGUUAAAGUGCACAUCAUCGGGCAAUUCAUCGUGCAGACCCGUUUCGUGUGCCAGUUCAACAUAGAGGGCCGCGUGACGAUCGUGAACGCUCGACUGCUCGCGGACACGAUUUACUGCGAGGAGACGGAGUUUUCGUACACGUCCCGCGCCCCCAACAUCACCGUGCCGUUCGCCGUGAUAUGGGGCGGCUCGAAACCGCUGGACAAUCCGCACAACAUACAUCUGGUGAUAUACCGGUGCCGUGACAUGGCCGACAAUUGCGGAAUGUGCCUGACCCUGGCUCCCAAGUACGACUGCGGAUGGUGCCAGAGCACGGACAGAUGCGAGGUGAAGGACAACUGCGAGCGUAACAUCGGCAUGUGGUUGAACAGCAAUCAGACCUGUCCGAAUCCCGAGAUACACUCGUUCGAGCCGGUCAUGGGUCCUUGGGAAGGUAACACGAACGUGACGAUACGCGGCAUCAACUUGGGCCAGACGUUCAAGGAUAUUUAUCGCGGCGUGAUGGUCGGCGGAUUACGAUGCCAGCCGUACGAGGAACUGUACAUGCGCACGAAACAAAUAGUGUGCCGGGUGGACGGUCCAGGUACACCUGAGGGCAAACGCGGGCCGGUGAUCGUGAAGAUCGAAGACUUCAGAGGAACAUCGGAGUACAACUUCGAGUUCGUGGACCCUCAGAUCCUCUCGAUAUCGCCGAAAUACGGGCCGAUGAGCGGUGGAACGACGGUUAGGAUCACGGGAAAGUACAUGAACGCUGGAAGCACGAUCAAGGCGUUCAUCGACGAGCUGUCGUGCUCCAUAAUCAGCGCGGAGAUGAACGAGGCGCUUUGCAUGACCAGCGCGAGUGAUCACAAGAGGAACGGUACGGUGAAGAUGACGUUCGACGGCGCGUUUCGAAUCUACAGCGGGACGUUCGAAUACGCGGACGAUCCGACGAUCGAGAGCGUGGAGAGCGGAGUCGCCGGGCAAAUGAAGAUCCCGAAAGGGAUCCCGGCAGGUGGAAUAAAGAUCUCCGUGACCGGGAAGAAUCUGGGCUACAUACAGAGCCCCCAGAUGUACGUGUACUACGACGAGAAGAUGUUCGUCUCGCAGUGCGAGGUGCACAGUCAAGAGAGCAUGAUCUGUAAGUCACCUACUAUCGAAGUUCCGGACAAUGUUGUCCUGGACGCUGAGAAACCAGCCAUGUUGGAAUACGGUUUCCGUAUGGACAACGUGACGGGCGUACAGAAUCUGUCGCAGCACGGAUUCAAUCACUUUCUCCUCUAUCCGAAUCCGAUCUACGAGGUGUUCGACGAGGAGAUCAAGUAUUACAAGAGCGACUACUUGACCAUCAAUGGCCAACAUUUAGACCGCGCCUGUCAAGAAUCGGACGUGACGGUGCAAAUAGGAAAUGCGUUCUGCAACGUGACCUCGCUGUCCAGGCAGCAGCUCACUUGCAGACCACCUUUGACGCAACCGCCGGCCAUCGAUUCCGACGGUUUCCCGAACAAGCAAGAACUGCCCGAAGUGAUAGUGAUCGUAGGCGGCACACUUCGUUACAAUAUAGGGAAACUGAGCUACGCACUGCCAGCAGGUCUGAACGGGCCGCUAUCGAAACCGGCUCUGUUCGGGGUGAUCGCCGCUAUAGUAAUCCUAGUAGUCGUGUUCAUCGCCUUUCUCAUCGCGUAUCGACGCAAGUCCACGGAGAGCAAUCGGGUGUUGAAGAACAUGCAGGAGCAGAUGGAUAUUCUGGAACUUCGUGUCGCUGCCGAGUGCAAGGAGGCGUUCGCCGAAUUGCAAACGGAGAUGACGGAUUUGACGGGUGACCUGACCAGCGGAGGGAUACCUUUCUUGGAUUAUCGAACCUACGCCAUGAUGAUACUGUUCCCAAGCGACGACAAUAGCCCCGUGUUGCAAUGGGAUAGGCCGGAAUUGGCGCGCAAAGAGAAAGGACUGCGUCUGUUUGGACAGUUGAUAAUGAAUAAGACAUUUUUACUCCUUUUUGUAAGAACUCUCGAGAGCAAUCGUUACUUCUCGAUGAGGGAUAGAGUGAACGUAGCUAGUCUUAUUAUGGUCACGCUUCAGAGUAAGAUGGAAUAUUGUACGGACAUCUUAAAGACUCUUUUGGCGGAAUUGAUAGAGAAAUGUACAGAGGGAAAGAGCCAUCCGAAACUCUUCCUUAGACGAACGGAAAGCGUCGCUGAAAAGAUGUUGUCAGCUUGGUUCACUUUCCUUCUGUACAAAUUCAUGCGAGAAUGCGCCGGUGAACCAUUGUACGUGCUAUUUCGUGCAGUGAAACAACAAGUCGAUAAGGGUCCAGUCGAUGCCAUUACAUCCGAAGCGCGAUAUUCAUUGUCGGAAGAGAAACUGAUCAGGCAGUCCAUCGAUUUCAAACCAAUGACGGUCUAUGUAUCCAUAUCCCAACAAACGGUCUUCGUCGGUGGUAUGGAUCCAAACACGGAGAACGUUCCAGUCAAGGUUCUCGAUUGUGACACGAUAUCUCAAGUGAAGGAGAAAGCUUUGGACACGAUCUACAGAGCCACGCCUUACAGCCAAAGACCGAGGAAAGAUGAUCUUGAUCUUGAAUGGCGAACUGGGGCAUCCGGCAGAUUGAUCCUCUACGACGAAGACUCGACUACAAAAACGGAAGGUGAAUGGAAGAAGCGAAACACGUUGAACCAUUACAGGGUACCAGAUGGAGCGUCGCUCAACCUAGUCUCCAAACAAUCGUCUAUCUACAAUCUAUCGAUCCUCUCCGAGAAAACGGACAAAUCGCACAAAUACGAAACCCUGAACCUUAGUAAAUUCAGUUCAGCCAGCCCGCCGCUCUCCCGUGCCACAUCGCCAUUGAAUCAGAAUCACGACGGCGGUUUGAAGUGCUGGCAUCUCGUCAAACACCACGACUCCGAUGCACGAAAGGAAGGAGACCGUGGAAACAAAAUGGUGUCGGAAAUCUAUUUGACGAGGCUACUAGCGACGAAGGGUACUCUUCAAAAAUUCGUGGACGACCUUUUCGAAACAAUCUUUAGCACUGCCCAUCGGGGAUCGGCCCUUCCCCUCGCGAUUAAAUACAUGUUCGAUUUUAUGGACGAUCAAGCGCUACAACACGGCAUAUCCGAUCCUGAAGUAGUUCAUACAUGGAAGAGUAAUUCGCUUCCGCUCAGGUUUUGGGUGAAUCUUAUCAAAAACCCAAACUUUAUCUUCGAUAUACAUAAAUCGAAUAUCGUGGACUCGUGUCUGUCCGUCGUCGCGCAAACGUUUAUGGACAGUUGUUCCACCUCGGAUCAUAGAUUAGGUAAGGACUCGCCAAGUUCUAAAUUACUAUAUGCAAAGGACAUUCCAGUGUACAAAGAGUGGGUAGAACGUUAUUAUGCAGAUAUCAAAGUGAUGCCAGCUAUAUCCGAUCAAGACAUGAAUGCCAUGCUUGCCGAAGAGUCUAGGGUAUUAUAUAUUUUUUCCAUGAUUUUUAUUAUGACUAUUAUAUCUAUCGUUUUCUCAUUUUUUUUUUUUUUUUUU